CAUUUAUACCGUACCAUUCAUAAAAGCAGAUCAUCGUUCUUCUGGGUGUUAACGUCCUUAGCCUGUUGACUGGAUUUCCCCUGCUAUUGGCUUACUGCCUCAUGUCUCAGAAGUCAGUCGCACUAAACACCAAAAAACAGCUAGCUGGAUCCUACGUGGCCAAGUGGAGCUCUGUUGUGUUGACAGCGCAGUGUUUGCUGCUAUCUCUAUACAUACUCUUACUGUCAUGGCGAGGCUUGCGACGCUACGGCCCGUUACAUGUUCCAGCAUACAGCCGAGUAGCACAGGACCCAGAUGAUACCACCGGGCCUUUACUGGAGCAAGUGGACUCAGUGUGAACUUUAAUGAUCUGUCUGUGUAUAUAUAUAUGUAUUACAAGUAGCAGUGCUAGCUAGUAUUGUAACGUUAGUUUCCCUGCUCUAAUUCUCAAAAAACACAAGAGGGCGCCAUUGUCACGUACUCAAUUUGAUCAUAUCACUAUUAAGACUGGUCAGUUUCACUCAGUUCUUGUUAUACCUUCAGUUCUUCUCAACUGUUUGCACAAAACAUGUAUAGUAAUGGUUAAAAUGGCAGUAUUUAUAAUAUGUGUUUGUUGUGAGAUAAAGAUUAUGCAUAAUUAUAUGAAUUAGCUGUAAUUUACAAAAUAGAAAAGGCGUAAGAGAAUUGCAUCCAUUUUCUAACUGUUUUCCUGGUCAGGGUGCGUGAGCUGGAGCCAAUGUCAAUAUAUUAAACUAAUAUGCUGGAGCCUAUCCCAGCUCCAGGGUGCCGGCCAAUCGCAGGGCACAUAUAAACAAUUCACGCUCACAUUCAUACCUAUGGAUGCCAAUUAACCUAACAUGCACGUUUUUGGAAUGUGGGAGGAAACCGGAGUACCCGGAGAAAACCCAAACACGAGGAAAACAUGCAAACUCCACAUAGAAAUGGCCGAGGGAGAUUCGAACCCUUCCGAUCUUCCCGAUCCUGUGUGGCCAACAUGCUAACCACUCAUCCAGCGUAUGGCCCCAUACUGUAAUCAUUUAUAAUUAAAUACAAUUUAUUUUCAAAGUAAAUGUUAUUUUUACUGUCCUAUAAAAUGAAAUAAAAUUAAUUACAAAAUUAAUAACAAUCAUAAUUGUUUGCC